AUGUUAUCGACAUUUCGAUUAUUAACAAAAAAACCAUUAUUCAUACGUCUUCAACAUCCUUGUUUAAAUAGUUCGAUAACAGGAACAUUAAUACAGCACUCUAAUAUAUCUUUUCCAUCAAAAGAAAUUAUAAGGAGCUUUAAUUUUUUUGCAAGAUUCAGAGAAAGUAAAAAUGAAGAUAAUAUAAUGCCAUUUGAUACUGUAGUUUUAGCUGAUAAUAAAAGUAUUUCAGCUGAUAACGAAAUAGAAUUCGAGAAUGAAAUAUUUCCAAAUAACUUUGAAACUAAUGUAGCGGUUAAUUUUGAUAAGAAUAAAAGUGUUGAUUUUGAGGCUAAGGAGUCAGAGGAAUUAGCUUCUGAAAAAUUGAAUAAUCCGAAUAAUCUCAACAAAAAUAUCACCGAUGUAUUAAAAGAACUUGCAAACAAAGAAAAGGCGGUCGGUGAAAUUUUUAGAGAACGUGCAUAUCGUGCCGCAAUAAAAUCUAUUGAAGAAUAUCCAAAGAAAAUAGAAUCUGGAAAAGAAGCUCGUGAACUAGAAUUUAUUGGAUCAAGUAUUGAAACGAAGAUUAAUGAAAUUUUGGAGACGGGUACAUGUUCUUAUAAAUCGGGGUAUCCUGAUAGUGUUGAAAGACAAAUAUUUAAUAUGAUGAUAAAGAUACCACGAAUCGGGUAUAACGUAAGGGCCAAUGCGAUAAAAUUUAUAGAUAAGGGUUACAAAACUGUGGAAGAAUUAAUAGAUGACCCAGAUUUGCAACCAGACCAAAAAUAUAUAAUUAUGCAUAGAAAGGAAUUGGAUAAGAAAAUUCCAAGGUGGGAAAUGGAAUCAAUUCAUAAAUAUAUUUAUCUAACUCUGAAACAAUUAGAUGAUCGUUAUCUCGCUGAAACAUGUGGUAGUUUUCGUCGAGGAGCAGAAUUUUCUGAAUCAUUGAAUAUUGUUAUUUCACAUCCUGAUUUCAAAAUUGAUUAUGCUACUGAAAAUAAGGAUAAUUUUUUGAAGAAAUUGAUUAAUGAUUUAAAGAACAAAGGGUUCUGUACUGAUUCCUUUCUCAUGGAACCUUACAAAUACCUAGCAAUUUGUCGACUCCCUCCACUAAAUCCAAAAGCAAGAACAUAUUUGCGUCGUAAAAUUGAAAUAAGUGCCGUACCAUAUGAAAGGUAUUGGCUUACGAUUUUAGCGAAAACGGGGGAUAAAACAUUUUAUAAAUCAUUACAAAAAAGAGCACAUGAAAAAGGGUUUAAAUUAAGUGAUACUAUAUUAGCGCCAAUAGAACAAAAUAAUGUGAUUGGAGGAAUCCAUAAUAAAAAGUCAUCACUAACUACAGUACAUUUAUUGAGAAAUUGUCAACCGAAAGGUUAUCUAUAG